CGGAACACGAGUUUUUACGCGACGCUGCAAAACUAGAACGCCCCCGGUAUUAUCAACAAAGCAAACUUUCUAAACUCGACGCAUUCAGCAGCGUGGGUCCGCGAGAGUCCACAAUUAUGCGCUUGCAGUGUCUACUCACACAUACGGCAAUGGUAGCGUUCUAGUUUUGUCGCGUCGCCUGCACUUCAGACAGGCUGUUUGAAACGGCUGCUCUAGUGUGUUUAUUAAAAGCGCAGUAAUGCAGUGCGUUCAAGAGGCGCAUCUCGUCGUGCUGUCGCUGCUGCUGACUCUCAAUGUGGAUUUGGGAUUCGCGUUCGGAUCGAAUCUGGACACAGAAUUCACUUUCCUUCUACCUGCCGGAGGAACCGAGUGCUUCUUCCAAACAGCCACAAAGAACGGCAGCAUGGAAGUGGAGUAUCAGGUCAUUGCAGGCACAGGGCUGGACGUCGGCUUCACUCUGAUCUCCCCCAGCGGAUACAGGCUGGUCUCCGACUUCAGAAAAUCUGACGGUAUCCACACGGUGGACUCCAUGGAGGAGGGUGACUACAGAAUUUGCUUCGAUAACAGCUUCAGUCAUAUAUCAGAGAAGAUGGUUUAUGUGAUGGUGAUUAUGGAUGCAGCAGAGGAGGAUAGGGAGGAUGAUGAAGAUUGGGCUGGUCUGCCAGAAACUGAUGAUUCACUGGAGUACAAACUAGAGGAUAUCAGGGAGGCGAUGGAUGUCAUGCACAGGAACCUGGAGCGAAGCUGGAAGAUCCAGACGACGUUGCGGGCGUUUGAGGCUCGUGAUCGCUACCUGCUGGAGGAUAAUCUGUGGCGUGUUUCCUUUUGGUCCAGUGUCAGUUUGCUGGUGAUGCUCAGUGUGGCUCUCUCCCAGGUCUAUACAGUACGCAGAUUAUUCAGUGACAAACACAGAGUUUGCACGUAGUGAAGAUGAGCUGGACAGGGACCUAAAAGGGUCUUAAGGAUGCUGUAACUACUGUUUGCACUGUUAGCAUAGGUGAAACAUGACUUAUGUGCCAGGUUGUGGAUGGUUCUGAUGGUGUUGGUAAUAUAUAGAGAGGAUUAAUGAUAACUGCUGAAGAAUGAAAUAAAAGUAUGUACUAAUGUAUACAGGAAAAUAAUCAUUAAAGGAAUAGUUCACAUAACAAAAAAUCAUCAUUUACUCACCCUCAUGCCGUUCCAAACUCAUAUACCACUGUUGUUGGUUUUUUUUCCCCCGUGGAGCAUUAAAGGAGAAAUAUUUGAAGAGUCUUUACGUAGGUCUUGCUCUACAGCUUACAACUACUAAGCUCCGAAAAGGUAAAAAAAAACAAAAAGGUAAGAUAAUAAAAGUAGUCCAUACAACUUACGCACUAUAUUUUAAGUUUAUUGUCAGCAACCAGAUUGAAAAUCCAGAUGUUGUCACUAUACACUGGAGAACCAAUGUUGUUUUAAUGUCAAUGAUGUUGACAUUAUGAUGUCCAGAUUCAAUCAAGUUUGGCGGAAUUGAAGAUUAUCAGUGAAUAAAGCUUGUUUCACACAAAAUUUUUGUAUGGCUUCAGAAGACUUGGAAUAUAGUGUGCACCAUUAGUAUUAUGGUCUUUUUUGGAGACAGACAUGUUUAUUAUGAACCGUUGCUGUAUGGCAUGAGCUUUGUAAAGAUUCUUCAAAAAUGUCUACUGGUGUUUAUGCAGAAAAAUAGGGUUUGGCAUGACAAUUUUCAUCAGUGAACUGUUUCUUUAAGGAACUCUCAGGUCUUUAUGCCUUUCAAAGUAAAUAUGAGUAUUUCGAUAUAUCGGUGAUUAUUUAAUAUCUGAUUUGUUUGUUUUUUAAUGGACUUCUAAAUUUUUUAGAGCUCAAACACUGUUAAACACCAAAUUGACGAAGUAGAAACAUGAUUGUAGCUUGUUUGUUAAUGUAAUUUUUUAUACAUGACUGUUACAUCAUUGUGGUUAAAACUAUUUAUGAGACUUGAAA